CGCGCCGCCGCCGGCCGGCAUGAGGGGGUGGCGGCUGCGGGCCCCGGCCGCGCCGCGGGCGCUGCUGUGCGGGCUGCUGGCGGCCGUGGCCGUGGCGGAAGGCGGCCGCGCUGUCCCUCAGCUCAGCGACGACAUCCCCUUCAGGGUGAACUGGCCCGGCACCGAGUUCAGCCUGCCUACAACUGGUGUCCUGUACAAAGAGGAUAACUACAUUAUAAUGACCACUGUGGAUAAAGAAAAAUACAAGUGUAUACUUCCCCUGAUAGCAAGUGGCAACGAGGAAGAAGAAAAGGACUAUAAAGGCCCCACUCCAGGAGAAUUGCUGGAACCUCUAUUUAAGCAAAGCAGCUGUUCAUAUAGAAUUGAAUCUUACUGGACGUACGAGGUCUGCCACGGGAAACACAUCCGGCAGUACCACGAGGAGAAGGAAACGGGGCAGAAAAUAAACAUCCAAGAAUACUAUCUGGGGAAUAUGAUGCUAAAGAGCCCAUUAUCAGAACCAGAUCCAGAAGAGAAGGACAAUUCAAAGGAGACUGCAAAAGAGAUACCCACAAAAAACAUAGAAGGGCAGAUGACCCCCUACUAUCCUGUGGAAAUGGGAAAUGGCACACCUUGCAGCCUGAGACAAAACCUCCCCAGAUCAAGCACAGUGAUGUACAUCUGUCACCCAGAAGCUAAACACGAGAUCCUUUCAGUGGCAGAAGUGACCACCUGCGAAUAUGAAGUGGUUAUAUUGACACCUCUGUUGUGCAACCAUCCUAAAUAUAGGUUCAGAGCUUCCCCUGUGAAUGACAUCUUCUGCCAGUCUCUGCCAGGAUCCCCACUCAAACCCCACAACCUGGAGCAGCUGGAGAAGCAGCAAGAAAUGCUGAAGGUGCCAUUCCGCAGGGUGAAGGAGGAAGAAAUGCAUCUGACAAAAGAAGAGAAGUUUUCUGCCAUUCAUAAGCCUGUUGCUGUUGGAAGCCACCAACUGCUGACUGUGGGGACAACCCACAUCUCCAAACUGACCGACGACCAACUGAUAAAGGAAUUCCUCAGUGGCUCCUACUGCUUCCAUGGGGGCGUCGGCUGGUGGAAGUACGAAUUCUGCUAUGGAAAAUAUGUUCAUCAGUACCAUGAGGACAAGGAGAGUGGCAAGACUUCAGUGGUGGUGGGUACCUGGAGCAGGGAGGAGCACAUUGAGUGGUCCAGGAGGAAUGCUGCUAGAACCUACUCGCUGAGGGAGGACGGCACGCAGAGCGUUCGGAUGGUGUCUCAUUUCUAUGGCAAUGGAGAUGUGUGUGACCUAACAGACAAGCCAAGGCAGGUGACUGUGAAGUUGAAAUGUAAAGAGUCUGAUUCCCCUCAUGCUGUGACCAUCUACAUGUUAGAGCCUCACUCUUGCCAGUACAUCCUUGGGGUGGAGUCUCCAGUCAUCUGCAAAAUCCUGGACACAGCAGAUGAACACGGGCUGCUGUCCGUGCCCAGCUGAAGCCCUGCCAGCCACUCCUCCGGGUCCCCUGGGGGACAUCCCUGCUGGGACAGCACACAGCCAGGGAGCAGCUUUCAGCCAGCCAGCCUCACCAGCAGAGUUCAAUGAGGGACUUGGGAACCACUUUGUGUAUAACUAUGUGUAUAUAAGAGGUUAUGGAGAAACUUUUAAUGAUUAAAAUCUUGUCUUGCA